GCCGCACGCUGGCAGUGGUCCCCAGCGGUGCCGACGGGACCACCAAGCCUUUGGCUGCUCGAAUCGAAUAAUCGAUUGGCAAGCGCUCGCUCGGUAACGGCUAUCAAGAGCGAGCAGCAGCAUCAUCAUCAUUCGAGUCGCCGCGCAACCCCCGGUCGGCAGAACCGUUUGCAAAAAAAAAAAACAAGACAAACGCCGCCACCACCGCCGCCCGUGUGUGCGUGCGUGCGCUCUCGUGGUGUUGGUGUUGGUGUGCACACGCGAACAGUUGCACACCUGAGCACACUGCUGCCCGCACGAAUACAGGCGCAACAGCACGCACCAAGCAGCUACCCCAUGCGCUUCGGGGGGGUAGUGCGCAAGCAUCGUUACACGCGAAGGACAAGGAGCACGAUUGUGUAUGAAAUAGUGUGUGUGUGAGAGAGAGAUAAAGAGAGAGAGCGAGACAGAAAGGGAGAAAGAUCAAUAGGAAUGAAACAUAAAGACGGCGCGCACACACUGUAGCCCGCUGACUGACAACGUGUAACAUACAAAACGGCAUGCUGUACGUUGCUGUGUAUUAUUCCAAUACACACACACACGAACACGUCGUUUUACAACAAGCCCAACUGUCAAAAUAAUUCCAAAGACAGUACGAAAUCAAACGAUACAGAGAGAGAGAGCGAGAGAGCGCAAAAUGUUUGACAGCUGCUCACGACAACAAGCACUAGUGAGAGCAAGACAAGCGGCGAUAUAACACAAGCGAGCGAGAAAGCAACAAAAUCGAACUGAGUGACCAGAACGCAAUCCACAGAGAGAGAGAGGGAUAGAGAGCAUGAGAGCCAUAGUGGGAAGAGCCAUAGAGUGAGUGAACCCGCAGCAUGUGUUGCGAGGGUCGAAUGAGUGACACGUUGAAACGACGAAACGUGUGCGCCUUUUUUCGGUUCUCGCUCUUUCGCUCUCACUCUCACCGCAAACGCACACACCUCUCGAUUGCACAGUUGUUUUUGCUGCUGUUGUUGAUUGCAAAGCCCUUUCCUGCUUCCCUUGUGUAACUUAAAUUGUGUUCACCUUUUUUUUUAUUCUACCUUUGAUCGGCGCUUCCCUCUGUGUGUGUGUGUGUGGUUGUGUUAGUGCAUUUUCUUUCGCUGGUCGGUGGUUUUUGUCGGGUUUUUUGGUAAUGGCAGAAUUGUUAUCGCCCAGUGUGCGCUUUGUUUGUUGUUUCCCCAAUGCGGAAAAACUCGGUUUGCACACUUUCUGUUACAUCCUUUCCUUUUUACAGCCGUAAACCUUACGGCAGUGCGUCGUGUACCGUGUGUUUGUGUGCGUGUGUGUGGUCGCUCCGUGUCAUUUAUUGACGUGUCUCUCUCUCUCUGUUUCGGCUGUUUCUUAACCGUAUCUCUCGCUCUCGCUGUCGCUGUCAAAGCGCGAAGGGGGCAGCGCUUUGUUGUAUUAGCGCACACGUACGCAGCGCAAACACACACACACACACACAUAGACAACUGGGCAGCACACGUACGAGCAGCACAAACACACACACACACAUCCAGUUGUCUAUAUAUAUACCAACACGCUCGCGCGCACGCAAACAGGGACAGAAAAGGCACUCCGUGUGUGUGUGUGUUUUGUACGCAAAGAGGAUCGCGGAGUGUCUUGAAAGCAAGGUUAGUUUUCCACCGUUGCAAGUGGAGACUAGUAGCAGCAGCAGCACCGUAGUCCGUUACGGUCGGUUUUGCUGCAGGAAGGCGACAGGUAGAGACAUUUGUGUGUGUGUGAAACAACAGCAAAGAAGCAGCAGAAAGGAAAAACAAAACAGAAACGAAACAAAAGCAACGGAAAAUGAAACAAUCGAAACGACGACACGUGUGCAAUAGUGUGUGAUUACCGCGUGCGAAAACGAUGCUGCCGACAGACAUCCGACAAACGGACAACGCCACCGCUGCCGCCAUCCUCAUCCUCAUCAUUACCAUCGCCACCGUCAGCUCCUCGAUCAACCUCGUGCAGCAGUUGGUGCGUGUGUAAACCGUCUCGCUUUGCGUGUGUGUGUGAGUGUGCGCGAGCGCGCGCGCGCGCGUUCGUGGCUGUUUGUGUGCGCCUGUGUGUGCUGUGCUGUGUAAAAGCUGCUCUAGCGCGUGGUGGUAUUGUGUGUGUGUGCGCGCUCUGUGCGCGCUGUGCUCUGUAGUGUGUGCGGUGUCGGUCGGUUCGGUUCACCACCCACCCACCCACACGCCGUUUGGUCAGACAACACCAACAGCUGUCACUAGCCAUUUUCGAUCCAAUUGCGUUCGCUAAAAUGCAUGUUAAAAAGCAUGUAUCCUAAUACAUAGAUCCUCGCCACCGCUCUGUGCACGUGCAGUGAGGCUGUGUGCGUGUGUGUGCGUGCGCGCGUGUCUGUUCUUCUAUUUUGCAGCCCGUGCAAACCAGUGUGUGUGCUAGAAAGAAAAAAAAAAGUGCGUCUGUGCACCAGUGAAAGACGGGCAACUAAAACGGCGAGCGUGCUGCCAGACGACACCCCAAUCCGAACCACCCAUACCACCCACACACAGAGGCGGAUCGAGAGCACAGGCGUGUGUGGUGUGGUGCUGGUGCCCGCUCUGUUGUAAUCUAUUGUUUUAGUGCGUGUGUGUGUGUCGUUCUGUGUGAAAGUGAAGUGGAAAAGUAAAAAAAAAGAAUCCUUAAAUAAUCCCUAAAGAAAAAAAGGGUCACACGUGUGUGUGUGUGUACCAGUGGUGUAUUGUUUGUUGCGUGUGUGCGUGUGUGUGUGUGGGCUCGUGGUGCGGGGGCCGCCCAUACCAACAUCCGGCCGCAUGUCCGGAGCGUUCCGUGGCGCGUGCUUCCUUUCGUUUUCCGGUUCCGGUCGUUGAACGGUGCUAAAGUGUGCAAAACGCGUGUGCGUUAGUGUAUCUGUGUGUGUGUGUGUGUGCGCGCGCCCGCCAGUGUGUGUGUGUGUGUGUGUACGCGGCUACCUAUGUGUGUGCGGUUGUUGGACUGCUGCCGCCAACGCUGCCGCCACUGCCGCCGCCUGGCGGCACCGCUCUACACACCGUCGGCCACCAGCAGCAGCAGCAGCAGCGCCACCAUCUGGCGACAGGAGCCACAGUGGCACGGCGGUGGUACGGUGCGCCAAUAGUGCGCUCCAUCUACUCCACACCCGAGCGCCGACACCACAGCCGACAGCGCCCUAGAAUGCAGUGCCGCCGGGGUUGAAACGAGCACGCGAUGGAGAUACAUGUGAAGCAGUGCAAGCAGCGGAACAAACGCCGGGAGCGGGCCCAACGUAUGAUCGCCGAGCGGGACAAGGAUGCGGCGGCGGACGGUACCGGCAACCGCGAUCCGGACGACAGUGCGGACGACGACAGCGGGCCGGUCAGCCGGGAGAAGCCGCACCGGCCGCCCGUCCGGCGGAAGCGCAAGGAGAAGGAACCGUCGCCCGUGCUCGAGGAGGACAUCAUCGACGGGUUCGCGAUACUGGCGUUCAAGACGUACGAGGAUAUUGAGUUUGCGAUAAAGGUCGCCAACAAGCGCAAUGAGAAGCGACUGUCGUCGAUCGUGGAACUGACAACUGUGAUGGUGCCGGAGGAGAAGCCGCCGAAGAUAAUCGACACCACGCCGUCGAAGCUGGCGGAGAAGUCGCUCGGCGGCACCGGCGUGGUGCCGUUGGUGACGAACAAGAACAACAACAGCAUUAACAAUAGUGAGAACCAUGCCGGUGCGAACGCUGCCAGCCCCGGUGGUGGUACGGCCCCCGGUACACCCGGGCCGGGUGGAGCAGGAGGAGCCGUUGGAGCAGCAGGUGCUGGAGCAGCAACGGCAGUAGUAAGCAACGUCAAUGGCGGCGACUGGCCGCCGGUCAACAACACCCACCAUCAGCUGCACCAUCUGCAGCAGCAGCAGCAGCAGCAGCAUCACGGUGUGGUGGGACCACCGAGCAGCGUUAACGAGCGCACACCGAACGGCGAAGGGCUGACGCACCACGGCACUGGUCCGGCCGGUGGUGGCAGCGGCAGCGUACCGGCGGUAGCAUCGGCGACAGGUGCCCGCGGCCCCGGCAGUGAUAUGGCGCUGAUCGCGGCCAACGGUGGUGCGCCCGGUGGGACCAAUCAUCACAAUCACCUUCACAACAGCCACGGGCACCACAACAGCCACGGGCUGCACAACCACAACCACCUGCAUCCUCACCACAACCACAGCAGCCGGAAUCACAACCAGCAGCAGCAUUCGCCGCAGCAGCAGCAACCGUUCGCGUCGGUUCACCACCAUGGGCAUCACAACCAUCAUGUGGUGAGCAAUGGGAGCGUUAGCGGACCGACAGCGGCGACGGCACUACCCGCUGGUGGUGGUGGUGGUGAUGGAGCAGUCGGCAACGCCACCAAUAGUAACAGUGGCGCCCCGAACGGUGUCAACGGUGAUCCCGGCCCGGUUAGCGCCGGCAACGGGCCGAGCAGUGUGGCCGGUAGCGCCAACAAUCGGAGUAGCAGUAGCAGUAGUAACAGUAGUAGCAACAGCAGUAGUAGCGGUAACGGUAGCAACAGCAGUAGCAGCAGCAGCGUCCGGGCUGCCAACAGCAGCAAUCGAAACAGUGGCAGCAGCAAUAGUGUACCGGCUAGUGGUAGUAGCAUCAAUAUGAACAGUAGCAGUAAGAACCAUAGCAGCAGCAGCAGCAGCAGCAGUAACAUCUGUUCUCUAAAUAAUCUCACCAUUGCCGCCAUCAUUGCGAAUGGGCCGCCGCGCCGGAACGUGAACGGCAGUGCGGCGGCGGCAGCGGCAACGACAGUGACGGCGAACGGUGCGCCCGGUCCGACCGGCACGAACGGUAUCAGUGGCAGCAGGGGCAGCAGUGGCAGCAGUGCCGCCAGCAAUAGUAGUGGCACGCCGAACAGCAACAGUACCGCGAAUACGCAUCAUCCAAACCACCAUCAACUUCAUCAUCCGCAUCAUCAUCACCAGCAGCAGCAUCAGCAGCAGCAGCAACAACAACAACAGCAGCAGCAAAGUCACCAUCUUCAUCAUCAACAGCAGCAACAGCAGUCGCCUCAUCUUCAACAUCAUCCCCACCAUCAACAGCACCAUCAACAUAACCAUCAUUUAUCAGCGGUACAUAAUCUUUCCCUAUCUUCGAUCAUCGAUCCGGGCACGUCCGACGAUAGUGGGCGCGCCUCGGAGCGACUGACGACGUCCUCGGUGGCCCAGCGGGAUCCGGACAGUUCGCGAGACCGGCUCAGCGACGCGAGCAGUCGCUGCAGCUCCGGCAAAGGGUAUAUCUGUGAUAGCGAAGGAGACGAUGAUAAGGGUUCCGAUGGUGGCGGUUCGGUAGUGUUCGCCACGACCCCCCAGACGCAACAGACGGUGGCCCCGCGGAAGCUUGACUUUCCCCCGACCGGCCUACCGCUCAGCGUGGAGCCGCUCGGGGGCGGUGCGAGCCCGAUCCGGGUGCCGGCCGCCGGCACCGGUCCGGCCCCAUCACCGGCACCGGCCGCACUGCCACCGCCAAGCUUACCGCCGCCUUACCCAGCGACACCACUGCAGGUAUCGAAUGGACCAUUGGGUACGCAUUUGACGCCGCUCGGUGGCGGCCACCAGGCGGCAGCGUCGCCGCAGCAGCAACCGCCCCAUCCCGGAUCGCAACAGCAGCCACCACAGCCGUCCGCCUCGCCGCAGACGGCCGGCAUAAGCAAUAAGCCGCUGUUGCCGACCGCCUCCGCCAAGAUACCGGCCGCCGGCGGCGUCCUGCUGCUCAGCACGACGGCGGCCGCCACCACCGUAACGACAGCAAUAUCAACCACCUCCCAGAAGCAGCAGCAGCAGCUGCCGGGGCAGGGGGCGCCGCUAGUUUCCAGUGCGCCCCAGUCGCCUGCCCAGUCGCUGGCGUCGGUAGCGUCGCCGGCGGGCGGCAGCCUACAGGCCCCGUCGACACCGAACCAAUCUCAGCCGCCGCUAUCACCCCAGCAGCAGCAGCAGUCACAGCAGCAGCAGCAACAGGGACCGCUGCCCGCAACGUCGACGGCCGCCAUCGGUGGACCGCUCAAGUCAGUAUUUCUCGGCGUGACGGCGGCAGGCCCGAACGGCGGGAGCACUGGCGGCAGUAACGCACCGUCAGCCGCCUCGGCGGCGGCCAGCAACUUCACGAGCGGUGGUCCCGGUGGUCCGGUCGCUCCCAGCAGCCACCACCUCAGCGGGAGCCUGGCGGGUGUGGUCGGCCCGAGCAGUGCCAGCAGCAAUGGCAGUGCCGCGCCCUCCUCCCUGCCCCUCUCCGUGCCGCACACGCCGCCCGCAGCAACGCCGGCGACGGCGGCCGGUCAAACCGGGGCCGUGCAUCCGCCGCUCGACAGCAGCAGCAGCACCACCGUCGCGACCUCCUCCUCUGCGUCAUCCACCUCCUCCUCUGCACUGUCAUCCUCGUCCGCCCCGUCGUCGGCCGCCGUGCCCACGUCUGGUCACACGUCCUCCGUGGCGGCGGCGGCGGCUGCUUCCACCGGCGGCUUACGCACCAACAGCCCCGCCGUACCGUCGCUGCCCGGUGCGCUGCCCGGCGGUCCGGCCUCGAUGCUCAACGGCAACCACGCGGCGGCCAUCGUGGCGGCAGCCGCCCAUCCCUCGAUGAUGAUGGCGAACGGGCUCGGCAGCCUGCCGCCACCGUACCGGGGGUACCCGGGCUACCCGCUCUACUCGCCGUACGGCAGCUUCCAGCACAAUCCCUACCUGCCACCGUCGGUCACCUCGCCGAACCUGUCGCCCCGGUUGCAUCCGGCCCUCGCCCCGAUGCCCCACACGCUGAUGGGGCUCGGGCUGAUGGACGCCCGGUUGCAGCCGCCGCCGCUGGGGGCUGGGCCGCCGCCACCACCGCCGGGCGCUAGCAACGGGACGCCGGGAGGCGUGCCGCUCGGCCGGCCCGGUCCCGACCGCGAUCCGUCGCCACUGAUUGCGGCCGCCCAGCAGCAGGCCGCUGCAGCCGCCGCAGCCGCCCAGCAGAAGGUGCGCCCGAUCACGCCGAACACUAACUCGAGCUCGAGCAACGGCUCGUCCUCCUCUGCCUCCUCGUCGGCGGCCGCCAGCAGCAGCAGCACGUCUUCCGUCACGCUCGUCUCCAGCACAGCACCGUCGGGCGGCGGGCCGCUGCUGCUGCACCCGGCGGCGUCCUCCGCUCCGGCCGACCCGUCACUUCCGCCGCAUUCCUCCCAGCAGCCGCCGUCGCACCGGGACCUCGUCGGCCACCCGGGGGCGGGGCCGCCCCAUCCGGGGCUGCAUCUUGCCGGCGGCCCGCCGGGCAGUGGGAGCGGCCCGGCAGUGCCGCCACCGCCGCCCCCGCACCACCAUCUGCUAGGGCACCCGGGCGCUCAUCCGGGUGCGGCGGCGGCAGGUGCUGUCGGUGGGCCGGGCAUCUCGCCCCUGCUCGUCGGCCACCAUCACCAUCCACUCGUGGUUGGUGGGCCGCCGCCUCCGCCACCCCCGCCCGGGCUCAUGCCGCCCGGUGGGCCACCGUCGGUCUCCCAUCUGCAUGGCGGCGGGGGCAGCAGUAGUAGCAGCGGCGGCGGACUCGGUGGAAACAGUAUUAGUGGCCAUCCGGCAGCCGCAGCAGCAGCACCACCUCCACCACCGACCUCUUCCAGCAGCAAUAACAACGGCAACGGUGGCAGCAACAGCAGCAGCAGCAGCAGCAGUAGCAGUAGUAGCGGCAACCUCAUCGUCUCUUCGCGUCCUCACUCACCGCGCGGUCACAGCCCGAACAGGGAACGGGAUAGCUAUAGUAGUAACGUAAGUAGUUUAUCGCGCUCUACGCCCGGCUCGACGAUACCAGCGUACGGUGGUGUCGGGCCGGCGACGAGCGGCCCCUCGCCCGUGCUGCCACCGUUCGGUGCCAGCCCGCACUCGGCCGCCGCCCUGGGCGUCGUGCCGUCGGUGGCCAUCUCGGUCGUCUCUUCUAGUCUCACGUAUCCUAAAACCACGCUCGCGAUCGGAGGCAGCAUCAUGUCUUCCGCCUCCACCUCCUCCUCGGCCGCCACCUCGUCCGCCCCGUCCAUCGGUGGGAGCGGGGUGCCGCCGGGAUGGCCGCCGGGCGCGCCCCUCGGGCAGCCCACCGUCGUGUCGAUCGCGUCCCACUCGAGCUCGCCGGCGGCCGGCACGCCCGGCCCCGGUCUGCACAACAGCUCGUCCUCGUCUUCCUCGUCCUCCACGGUCGGGUCGCACCACCACCACCACCACCCGCACCAUCAUCUGCAGCAGCAGCAGCAGCAGCAGCACCAUCAUCACACGCGACCCACACCUCCGCCGGCGAGCGAUCGGGGCGGCUCCAGCGCGUCCGGCUCGAUCGCCGUCGUCUCCUCGCCGUCACCGUUUCCGGCGGCGCCACUGUUCGCCACCCCGAUUCCCCCGCCGACCAGCGUCUCGCUGUCCAGUCCGGCCGGUGCGGGGCUGUCGGUCGCUAGUGCGGCCGGCGGAGGCGCUUCGGGAGCGGCCGGUGCCGGUUCGCAGCCUCCAUCGCAGCCGCCGACAGCGCCCCAUCCUCAUCCCUUCUCGGCUGAAUCUCUCUUCUCCACCAAGGUGUCCGACCAGGCCGACAUGUUACGGCGCGAGCUGGACAACCGGUUUCUGGACCGCAGCGGCCUGACGGCGGGACCGCCCGGGCCGCCCUACCUGCGCCAGGAGCUGCACCAUCACCAGCACCAGCACACGCACCUGCACCAGCACCAGCACCAGCCGAUGCUGCCGGGGGCGGCCGGCGGUGCGCCCACCCUCUUUCCGCCGCCCCUCUUCAAGGACGUGCCUAAAAUCGGUGCGGUCGAUUCGCCCUUCUACCGGACCGGGAUCGGGAUGCCGGCGUACCCGGGCUACCCGCCCGGCCUGCUGCAUCCCGGCCUGAGCGGGCCGACCCAGUUUGUGCCACCGAGCCACCUGCAAUCGUUCGUGCCGAAGCAGCAACAGACGCCACCGGUCGAUCCGAACAAAAAGAAAACGGGCAAGUGGAACGCGAUGCACGUGCGUAUCGCGUGGGAAAUCUACCAUCACCAGGCGAAGCAGAACCCGGACAAGGCGGCCUCGAUCAAGACGGCGUCGGAGAUGCUGCGGCCCCCGUCCCACAUGUACCCGCCGUCGGCGGCGGCAGCAGCCGCAGCGGCCGGCCUGGUCCGCCCGCACGAUCUGCCCUCGUCCACCUUCCCACCAGCAGGCCUUCCCGGGCGCCCGGGUCCGUACGAGUCGACCCCGCUGCCGCCCAGCUUCAUGAGCUCCCCGGCUAGUCAUAUAGGUGUCUCACCGUUCGGCCGGUACGCCUCGCCGUACGGCGGCUCACCGUUCAGCGGCCUGUCGCCCUUCACCCGGGACCUCCCGAUGGGUUCGCAGAUGCCGGGCGCGCUGCACGACCCGUGGCGCAGUGCCCUACCGCGCAGCGUAAGCAGCUUUCCGCCCGGGCCGCAGCCGGCGGGCGGCGGCGCGUGGCCCCCGAUCAAGCAGGACCCGGGCGGCCUGGCCGCGGAAACGGCCCGCCGGGAGGCGGAGGAGCGCGAGCGGCAGCGGGAGCGCGAAGAGCGGGAGCGAGAGCGCCAGCGCCGGGAGCGGGAGGAGCGCGAGAAGCAGCGGGAGCGCGAGCGCGAAGAAAAGCUGCGCAAGGAGCAGCAGGAGCGCGAGCGGGAGCGGGAGCGCGAGCGCGAGCGGGAGCGCAAGGAGAAGGAGCGGCGCGACAUGGAGCGGCGCGAGAUGGAGCGGGAGCGGAUGCUGCACCAGCAGCAGCGCGAGUCGAAGGCGGCGGCGGCGGCAGCGGCCGCAGCGGCGGCAGCCGCCGCCGUCUCCUCCAUCAACCGGGACCGGUCGCCGCUGCGCAACGGCACCGAGCUGGACAUCCGGAUCAAGGAGGAGCCGCGCAAGGAGGAGGAGCUGCUGCUGCGGAGCCACGCGGCGGCGGCGGCGGCGGCUGCUGCCGCGAGCGGCGACCCCCGCUACCACCCGUCGAUGAUGCCGCACCCGUACAUGGCCGGGCGGCACCCGGCCGCCCACAUGCUGCCCGGGGGCCACCUGUCCCGCUCGAUGCUGCCGCCGUCGAUCGGGCUGCCGGGGCACUUCCCGCCGCACGGCUCGUGGGGCCCCGACCCGUUCCGGGACUACGCGCAGCUGCACCACCCGCUCCGCUACAACCCGCUGAUGGACGCGUACCGGGCGGAGGAGGCGAAGGCGUCCCUGCUGUACGCCGCCCAGUCGGCGGUGCACUUCCGCGGCAAGGAGCCGAGCCCGGUACCGCCGCCCCAGCAGCAGCAGCAGCAGCAGGGACAGCAGGGACAGCAGGGACAGCAGCAGCAGCAGCAAGGGCCGCCGCCACACCACCGGCUGCCACCGGGUGCAGCACCACCGGGCAGUGGAGGUGGGCCGCCCGGUGUAGGGCCACCGCCGCCCGGCUCUUCCGGCGGCACACCCGGCCCGAUGAAGGUGGCGUCGCACAGUGGCGCCUCCACGCCCACGAACGGACCGCUCGUGGUGAUGGGAGGCGGCGGCGGCGGUACACCCGGGCCGGGCGGGCGACCACCCUCGACCGGCGGGCCGAACACGCUCGAUCUGCACAAAAAGGAGGACACCUGCCAGUCCCGAUGAUAGUCGGCGGCCGGCGGCUCGUUGGUGGUAGUCGGUGCGACAACAGGCAACAGCAGCCCCCAUCCUUCGGCCGUGACGACUCCACUGAUCGUGAUCGUGGACGAUGACUAGUAUAGUGCAAGAGAGAGAGAGAGAAAGAGAGAGAGAGAGAGAGAGAGAGAGAGAGAGAGAGAGAGAGAGAGAAGCGAGCGUGUUCUACGAGGACACGCGCGAAACAAACACAAAAAAACGGCACGAUGUGAUCCUUUUGAGUAGAAGAAGAAAGAGAGAGAGAGAGAAAACAAACACAUUGACGUGCAUACGACGACGUCAUCUGAUCCAACUCCCCCCUCCCCCUUACACACACACACACACACACACACACACACACACACACACACACACACACACAAACACAAACACAAACAGGUACGAAAAUGUCACUUCAAAGCAGCAAAGGGCGCGAGGGUUGUUAGAGGGAGCGCAAGCACAAAAACCUUCUUUUUUCUCCUUUUCUCCUGAAACGACCAACCAAAACACACACACACAGACACAAACAAAGGUGCAGUUUUGCAUUUAAAAAGCCAAUUGAGAGAAAAGGAUAGAGAUAGAGAGAGAGAAAAGGAAAAGCGGGAAUGUAGAAAAACUCAAAUACUUCUCUAUUUUUUAGUUUCGAUAUUGAUUAGUUUGAUCGUUGUUCAAUCCCUGGGACCAUACGCUUUAAACGUACUCACCCACCUGCACAGUAAACACAACAAAAAAACACUCACACAGACACACUCUCACGUACACGCACACACACACAUACACAAAACAAACACGCAUGGAAAGGUACCCUUGGCUGGAAAGCGCAACCCACGCCACCGGCUGGCCGUCAGAAGAGAUUUAUUGCAUUUAUUGAUUCGCGUGGUGGUGUGGCAGAAGCAAGCAAGCAACACACAUACACACACACACAAACUGCUGCACCACACAAGCCCCGUUUUCCCUUUUUGGAGUUUCCAAUUGGAAUUACAAGUUUCCAUCGUGUGCCCAAUACCUGCAAAGCACUCCCUUCCCUACGACCCCCAAUGCGCACAAACGAAAAGGUGAUGUCGAACCGGUGUGAGUGCGUGUGUGUGUGUGUGUGUUUGGCACAACAAAUGGUGGUAGAAAAAGCGGACACCACAACAAGCAGGACUUGUACAUUCGUCCCCCAGUUUCGCCACUCCAUUUUUUUUUCGUCUUAUCGUUAUCGUCUUAUCGUCUUUUGUAAAGGGGGGGGGGGGGGGGGGGGUGGGGGCGAUAUUCUAAUUUGGAUUGCUGCUUCCUUCCGCUUGGCCAGAGAACCAAUCCACAAGCACAUUCCAAAGUAUGCCAAAAAAAAAAACAAAACAAAACAAAACAAAUGGAUGAAAAGUGUCACCGCAGCAGCAAACCCUCCCAGAGGCGGCUCUCCGCUUUGCUCUCAACUGUAGGAAAAUAGUUUAAUUUUUAAAUGCCCUGUGCAAAACCGGCAACAGUGGGUUUCCUCCGUUGCGAAACAUUCAAGCACGCAUUUACGGGAGGACGGGUGAAAUCGAGAGAACGGGCCGAGUGGAUGUUUGGGUGUGCGAGCUUUUCAUUUAAGUUUUAACUGUUUGCUUUCCGGUUUCGUCUUUUUUGUUCUGCAAGCCAAACGAAACGGUCCAUUUUGUGUGCGUGUGUGUGUGUGUGUGUGUUUGUGCUUUAAAUAAAUACGAAAGACUGCUGCGCUUAUAUCGUAAGCGACGAACCUUUUUUUUCUUCAACUCUGACGCUGUGGCUCGGGGAGUGGUGUACUUACCCAUCGUGGGGGGAGGGGGGAAGAAGGGGGUAGGAUUUUCGAAACUUACCGACGGACACAUACACAUACACCUACACACACGCACCUUUUUGUUUUAGUGCCACUUGCGUCCUACACAUUAUGAAGUGUCCGAGUAGACGACGAACCCCACUUUUCGUGCAGUGUA